ACGCUUGUUGAGCAGCAGUUUUUCUGUCAAACGUGUCCAUACGUGUUUCCAAUAACGCGACCUUAUAAAAAUGUAACUACAUUUAAAAGUAAAGAAGUAGAUGAUGUGCUUGGUGGUGAGGAGGCAUGGAAGAAUGUAGAUUCGACGGAUGCUGGUGCUCUAGCCUCGCAACAGGCAAUCAAUUAUGAAGGCGAACAUCAAAACUUUGGGGAUUCUGCGAGAGUAAAAGAACAUGUCCAGCAACACCUUAAAGACAUCCCUCAUCCUGAAAAGAUGUCGGCAGACGAUGAACUCUAUUAUUUGUUUUCUAUUCAUGAUGUAAACAAGGACGGUCACCUUGAUGGACAUGAGUUACGAGAAGCCUUCAUUGACCACAGCGAGGACGGUAAACAAACACUUACUCUUGACGAAAUUAUUGAAAUGGUUGAUCAUGUUCUUAAUGAAGACGAUAUGGACAAUGAUGGGAUGAUUAGCUGGGAAGAAUAUCUACUUUCUCGCAAAUAUCACUCGGAAUGA